GGGCCGGGAGGACUGCCCACAGGGCCGGGAGGACUGCCCAUGGGCCCGGGAGGACUGCCCAUGGGCCUGGGAGGACUGUCCACAGGGCCGGGAGGACUGCCCACAGGGCCGGGAGGACUGCCCAUGGGCCCGGGAGGACUGCCCACAGGGCCGGGAGGACUGCCCAUGGGCCCGGGAGGACUGCCCACAGGGCCGGGAGGACUGCCCAUGGGCCCGGGAGGACUGUCCCACGGGCCGGGAGGACUACCCACAGGGCCGGGAGGACUGCCCAUGGGCCCGGGAACCAUGUACACCUAGACGAGGAUAGGCUGCUCCAGACUAUGAAUCAUAUACACAUGGCUGGGAGGGUUGCCCAGGUGAGUGCCAGUGUGCCGGAUGCUCAUGCCCUGGACCCUCAGCUUGGCAGACCUGGCCUGAGAGGGAGGGAGGAGGGCCAGGUGUGCUCCUGGAGACCCUUCCGUCAGGCUGUCCCUGCACAGACCUGCCCUAGCACCUGCAGUUCUGCUUUUGGUGGCAUAGAAGCUCCUUUGCAGCCUGAGAUGGCACUUCCUGUUUUUCCCGCCUGGCGCCCGAGUUGCUGCUCCUGUCCUGUGGGAGACUCGGGCUCCUUGUCUUGUGGGAUCCCAGGGACCUCAGGCCGCUCCAGCUGUCUGGGGAGAGCGGAGCCUUAGCAGCGUGCCCUUUCCUUCCAACUCCCCUGUCUGCUGAAGGUUCGGGUCCUGACUCAAAGCAGGGUGGCUUGUAACACGAAGUCACUGUGUUUUCACCCCCCAAGGGUGCAAAUUUGGAGCCUGGGAAGGUCUCGAGGAGCUGGUCAAGUCUCUGACAUCAAACAAAGCCAGGGCGGCAGAAUUUACAGUCUCUGGCUAGACCACAAAAGGGAGGGUUCUUAGCACGGAGUAAAGAGCUUCAACAUGGCUGCAGGGCCAGCCUGACACCAAGCCCGGGAGCCUUCUGAGCAGCCCCUCCUCCAGAAGGCGUGGCUGAGUGUGCACUGGGGGACAGGCGGAAGUGCGUGGCCAGGGGUGUGCCCUCUGCUGUCCUGGGCCCACUCGCUGCAGAACCAGGCUGGCCCCGGUGAGGACCACUCUGAUCGUUUGUGCCAUUUCCCAGGUACCUCCAGGAGACAUGGGAGCAUCUGUCUGCCAGACAGAGGGUCAGCAUGGCUGGGCCACGAGGGUCCUGGCUUGACACAGUCUCACAUCUCAGCACCAACACUUCCGGGCUGGCUCAGGAUAACCUGAGGACAAUGGAUACCGAGGAGGGACAGGACCUGUCCCAAGUUUCAGGGAAGGAGAGCUCCCCGGUGAGCGAUGCUCCAGAGGACGGCGAUGAGCCCAUGCCCGUCCCCGAAGACCUCUCCACCACGUCUGGCGGACAGCAGAGUUCCAAGAGCGACCGAGGAGCGGCCAGUAAUGUUAAAGUAGAGACUCAGAGUGAUGAAGAGAAUGCGCGUGCCUGUGAAAUGAAUGGGGAAGAAUGUGCGGAGGAUUUACGAAUGCUUGAUGCCUCGGGAGACAAAAUGAAUGGCCCCCACAGGGACCAAGGCAGCUCGGCUCUGUCGGGAGUUGGAGGCAUUCGACUUCCGAACGGAAAACUAAAGUGUGAUGUCUGUGGGAUCAUUUGCAUCGGGCCCAAUGUGCUCAUGGUCCACAAGAGAAGCCACACGGGGGAGCGGCCUUUCCAGUGCAACCAGUGCGGGGCCUCCUUCACCCAGAAGGGCAACCUGCUGCGCCACAUCAAGCUGCACUCCGGCGAGAAACCCUUCAAGUGCCACCUCUGCAACUACGCCUGCCGCCGCCGGGAUGCCCUCACGGGCCACCUGCGCACACACUCCGUUGGUAAACCUCACAAAUGUGGAUAUUGUGGCCGAAGCUAUAAGCAGCGAAGCUCUUUAGAGGAACAUAAAGAGCGAUGCCACAACUACUUGGAAAGCAUGGGCCUUCCAGGCACGCUGUACCCAGUCAUUAAAGAAGAGGCCAAUCACAGUGAGAUGGCAGAAGACCUGUGCAAGAUGGGGUCCGAGCGCUCCCUCGUGCUGGACAGACUCGCAAGCAACGUCGCCAAACGCAAGAGCUCCAUGCCUCAGAAAUUCCUCGGGGACAAGUGCCUGUCGGAGCUGCCUUACGACGGCGGCGCCGGCUACGAGAAGGAGAACGAGAUGAUGACGUCGCAGGUCAUGGACCAGGCCAUCAACAACGCCAUCAACUACCUGGGCGCCGAGUCGCUGCGCCCGCUGGUGCAGACGCCGCCGGCGGGAGGAGGCGAGCCCGUGCCGGUGCUCAGCCCGCUCUACCCGCUGCACAAGCCGCCCGAGGCGCCGCCGCCCGCGCGCCCCAACCACGCGGCGCAGGACGGCGCCGUGGAGAACUUGCUGCUGCUCUCCAAGGCCAAGGCUACGUCGGCAGAGCGCGAGGCGUCCCCGAGCAACAGCUGCCACGACUCGACGGACACGGAGAGCAACGCCGACGAGCAGCGCGGGGCCGUGGGCGGCGGCGGCCUCAUCUACCUGACCAACCACAUCACGCCCCACGCGCGCAACGGGCUGGGCCUCAAGGAGGAGCCGCGCGCCUACGAGGCGCUGCGCGUGGGCGCCGAGGGCGCGCACGAGGCGCUGCGCGUGCUGGGCACGGGCGGGGAACAGCUCAAGGCCUACAAGUGCGAACACUGUCGCGUGCUCUUCCUGGACCACGUCAUGUACACCAUCCACAUGGGCUGCCACGGCUUCCGGGAUCCCUUCGAAUGCAACAUGUGCGGUCACCACAGCCAGGACAGGUACGAGUUCUCGUCCCACCUCACGCGUGGCGAGCACCGCUUCCACUUGAGCUAAGACCGGGACGCCGCCCUCCUCCUUGCCCGCGGGCUGGGUGCUACUCAGAACCACCGCGCGCUGGCUGGGUGGGGGUUGAUUUGCUUUUGGGGGUGGGUGGGUUUGGUUGGUUUUGGGAACAAGGACAGUUUUGCAUCGGGCGUGCCGGGAACUGCUGCCUUCUAGACGUUGCCAUAGACUGCUGGCCAGAAUUCCCCUCACCCCACCCCACCCCUCCCGGGCCCCAGCCCAGGGUCAGAGCUUGCCAUUAGCCAGGCCUCCCCCUGGGCGCAAGCCAGCUUCAGGCCCCCACCCUCACACGACUUCUCCAGGUCCCAGAAGCUGUUGAACCAGGCUGCAGGGCUGGCUGGCCCCGGAGUUUUGCUGGUGAGCAGGCAGUGGCCAGCUUGUGGCCUCCAGGCAGGGCUUCCGACCCCAUGUGCAGAAACUGCAUGGCAGGAGGGCCGUUUUGGAUCAGGAACACGUGGUUUUGAGCCCUGACCUCCAGGCCGUGUUUGGAAAGAGCGAAGCGUAAGCUGCUCUGAGCAGAGCCAGGGGACGAGUGUUGCCCCGGGCACCUUGCAGAUCUGUGCCCCAGGAUGGGAGGGUAUAGAGCGCCCAGCCUUGCCUGCAACUGUGGCCAGUCUGGGACCAUCAUGCUCUUGCCCCUUAGAAAGCAGACUUCGUCCAGGGGCCGCAUUCGCUUCGGCGGUUCCUGCCCCUCCCCACCCCAGGCUCACCCUCGGUGUGGGGCGGCCCGGCGUUCCCAGCAUCAGUGUGAUUCUGCCCACUCCCCUGCUAACUGCUGCAGGAUGAGCUACAAGGACUAUUCAGGUCAGGGAACACCACGGCCACACACAGCCCACCCGUGUAAAACAACCCCCAGGGCUUCCGAAAGUCCUGGAGGAAGACAGCCACGUGCAUGCCCUUCAGUGCCCCCACUGUUGCAGGGGACCCAUCUAGGCCUCCGACACACCCAGCUUGCCACCAGCAGCAGACAACAGCCCUGGAGAUAGCCCCCUCCUUCCAGCCCAAGCAAGGAGAUUGGAGACAGGACACUGCCAACAUUAGUUCUGACCUGAAGUUCAUGGCUCUCGGCUCCCAGGCAGAGAAGAGCCCAAUAAUGUUGGAUAUUUGACUUGCUUAUCUUGGCCAAAGCUGUGCCAUGGCGAACAUGCUGGCACAGCCAAGUGUGCGCUGCACCCAGGUCAUGGGCUCUGUCCUGUUGGCUGCCAGGCCUGGGGUCCUGCUCUACACCCGGUGGCUCCCCCAGCACCCCGGUUGAGCUCCCCAGAUGUUUCUGAGGGCAUUCACUGCUGGCUCUGAGCCACCCAGCUGCAUCGGCUCUGGGAAGCCCGCCAGAGCACGGCGCCUGGAGGCAUGGCAUGCCCCAGUUGGCAACACCUGGCCUGACCAGUGCUCCUCUGGCAGCAGCCUCAUGGAUUCUGUCAAUGAAUUCUUCCAGCCAGUGUUCAAAACCACACCCCUCAGCCACACAGGGCCAAGUACAGUGCUGUGCCGUUCUCGGGCAGUAGGUUGGCUCGUGCAAUGACACCGCAUUUUGCAACUGGAAAUUGAGUUGUCAGAAUUUAGGCUCUGGCACACCGGUGUGCAGAGGAAGAGAAAGAACCUGGGCUGAGAACAGCUGUCACUCGUUAUGCAAUUACAAAGCCAGGCCUUCCCCAGAGACACACGUCCACGGCGAGGGCCUUGCGACUGCCACUUGCCUGUCGGCGGCCCACCUGUCCCCUCUGCUGAGGGAGUUCCUGCUGCCGCUGCGGCCACACAGUUAACCCCAAAACUGUAAAUAGAGGCUCCAGGAGCUCUUUUCUAUGGCGCUUUGCCCGUUCCUCUCGCUGCCUUUUAUAGCCGGUAUAAACAUCUAUUUGCACACCUUUUGUUGUGGUUUUCUAUUGUAACAACAUCUUUCUUUGAGACUAUUGUAUUUAAAGUAAGGUUUCCUAUCAUGUGAACAAGACAUUAAAUUAUGUUUGAAAGGUGGUCACUCUGUACGCAGUCACUGAUGUCUGCCUCUGCCUGGUAAAAGUAGGAUUUGCAUGCCCUCACACGUCUCGUCCUGUGCUUUGUUCUGCUGUGUGCUGCAGUGAGAGUGCGUGUGUGCAAGCGUGUCUCCAGAAGUUCCAGGUGCUGUCCCCGCACUGCAAACCUGUGGCGGAGACAGAAGAGGACAGCCAGGGGCAUGCCACUCCCUGUCACUCUGCCCGUGGCAUGGCUGACUCCUGUCCCCUGCCUCAGUUCCUUCUGUGAUAUGAAGCUCUGCAUGUGGGGCUGUCCCAAUGAAGUCCCAAAUGCCGCUGCCCUGUCCCUCCCUCACGACCCAGGGCUGUGCCAUUUCCACUUGAACACCAGCCACGUGAGAGUCUUGAGAAAUAGAGCACGCCCCGUGAUGGAGACAGGCUUGGCUCAUGCAGGAGUUCCCCGUGUGCCUUGUUUUCAUGUGUGUGACUUUCACGGCGCCCCGUCAUGUCAUUGCCAGCAUGACAGUGCAAUGAGCUGGACCUACACAGACCAAGCAGAUGCAUUGCCAGGCCUCCACGCCCUCGGUCCCUGCAAUAAUGAAGCUUUGGCUCUGUCUGAAACUGGUGCUCUCCCAUUCUUUCGAAUGAACCAGAAUUAUUGUUUUACACGCACAGCCAUCAGAGCAAACUUUCACGGGCAGCUUUGAUGCAGCGGCACCCACGGGGCACAGGUGUCACCGGGUGCCGAUACGCAGUGCUGUCCCCAGGACGCUCUUUGACAAUGUGCAUGCCGAUUGCUGAGCUCUGCUCUCUGUCUGCCGUGGCUGCAGGUCUUUACGUGCCCACCCCUCGUCAGUGAGAAAACGAGAUGUGGCAUCCUCAGGUCCACCUCUGUACGAUGCCGAGGAGCCCAUGAAAGGGGAGGCACCGCCCCAGGGGCUCACAUCCCAGCAUGCUUCUGUGGGGUGGAGCAAACAAAUGCAGCCAGACUCUGUCCACCAGCCCUGUGAAGUCCACCCUCGGAUCAGAGCAGUCCUGUGUUCUGGACCCCAGAUGCAACUGCAUCCUGGCAGGCAAGGCUCUCGUCCAUUGUCCAGAGCUGUGCUGGACUGUGUGUGGGCAGAGGCAGCUCCCUGCAUCACCCAGCGAUAUCAUGGGUGGCCUGGCCCGCAGCACACGGUGAGGUGGGGGUGGCUCGGUAUGAGAGCUGCCUGGGUCACUCUGGCUGUGUGUGACCCCCUCCAAGCUGCAUGGACAAACAGCCAGGCAGCAGCAGGGUUCAGACCCAGUGAUGAAGGUGGGGUGACUGGGUGUGCAUGGCAGACAGGGAAUCCAUUCGAGGUGGUGCCUCAGUGAGAUCCACCGAGUGCAGGUGUCCCAACCUUGGCAGCUGUGCCCGGCACCUUCCCACCUGUGCUUGCCAGGGUGGCUCGUCUGGAAGCUCCAGGCCUGUGGGCUCUGGCCUCCCAGUGGAGCAUGCUGUUCUGCACACAUUGGAUGCUUUGGAGUUCAUGGAAGAGAGAAGGCCGCCCGCGGCUUCCAAGUGUUUGUACCAAAAUAAACACGUUCUGCAUGAGCACGUGCGGCCUUCUGAAGGCUCAGUCUCCUGUGUCUGUGCUCGCAAGCACGGCCUCUCUCCCACCUCUGCCUCCUGUGCAGGCACACCAGAGCACACACAGGGGAAAAGGGAUCCUUGGGGAGGGAGGGGCUUGUACGGCUGUGUCUGUGACACAAGCCAGCAGCUCGGAUCCUCAGGAGGCCACGCUGGAGGUGGCAGGCAAGCAGACACAGGUUCAGGGACCACCGGGGACACCAACACGAGAGGGGCAUGCUCCAGGCUGUGCCGGUCGAGGCAUCGCUCCCUCUCUGUUGUCAGAAUUGGCCCUCAUGUGGCUCUGAUGCUGAAAGCUGUGAGCAGCUGUCCCCCCCUGGAGAGACCACAGACACCUGGUACAGAUGGCCCCUCCCAGUCUUCCCACUACCCUGCCAGGGCAAGCUGAGCUGCGUUCCUGGCAGGAGAGACCAGAGAGCCUGAAUCCCAUUUCUGCUGAUUUCAUCACCCUUUCCAAGUAAAGCAUGUUGGAGGCCUUGUGACUCCUUGGUGGAACCUCAGUUAUUGCACACACCCCAGCUGCUCCCCAAAGUCCUGUGCCUGAAUGGCCCCCCAGAUCCCAUACUCUAGAGGAUUCCCCGGAAGGAGGGCUGGAGCAGUGGCUGAGUCCACAGGUGCUGUUCAUCCAGUUACUGCCCUCCCUGUACUAGAGCUGGAGCAGGGCCGGCAGGUGUGUUCUGUGGGGCGGGGCCCCAGGAGUGUCUGCUGGGCCUCGCCCCAGCCAUCCACCUCUUGCCAAGAUGCCUGGGGCCUCUAGCUUCAGCCCCCUCGUGUUCUCAGAUCCAGCUCCAUUCGCAUCAGGAUCAGACCUAGGAGGUUCCCCUGAGCAUUCCAGAGCAGGGGUCUGCAUACAGCUCACCUGCCAUCUAUGGAGCAGUCCCCUGUCCUCAUGCUGUCCCUCCCCCAUGCACACACACACACAGGCUGCAGGCUCCAUCAGAGCAGGAGGAAGUGAGGUCAGUGCCAGCUCUCAGCUUUCCCAGGGGCCAGCAAUGGACUCUGCUCAAUUCUGUCCCUCUGAACACUGGGGCGGCGUGGAGAGCCAUAUCACUGAGUCUGGCUGACCGCCCCCCACCACAGCUCCACCAGCAGUAGACUUGAGCCCCUUCAGCUUGGCCCCACGCUCCGCCAAGGCCAAGCUACAGCUGUCCCUAUCCUCCAGGGGACUCCAUUCUAGAG